GGGUGGGAGCGGGUCACGUGAUUCGGCAUGGAGGCGGUGGCGGCGGCCGGGAGGAGCUGCCGGGGCAGAAGCCGCACUUGUUAGUGUGGGGGGAGGAGGGGGCUGGGGGACGCCAACACCGUCACCCAGGGACGCCGAGUCGUGGGCGGGAGGGGGGUGGGGGCGAGAUCAGGCUCCGACCCCCGGCCGAGGGGAUGAGGGGAGCAUGGGCGCCAAGGAGUCACGGAUCGGAUUCCUCAGCUACGAGGAGGCGCUGAGGAGAGUUACUGAUGUAGAGCUAAAACGACUGAAAGAUGCCUUUAAGCGGACCUGUGGACUCUCAUACUAUAUGGGCCAGCACUGCUUCAUCAGGGAAGUGCUUGGGGAUGGAGUGCCUCCAAAAGUUGCUGAGGUGAUCUACUGUUCUUUUGGUGGAACAUCCAAAGGACUGCACUUCAAUAACUUAAUAGUUGGACUUGUCCUUCUUACGAGAGGCAGAGAUGAAGAGAAAGCAAAAUACAUUUUUAGUCUUUUUGCAAGUGAAUCUGGGAGCUAUGUUAUACGGGAAGAAAUGGAAAGAAUGCUCCAUGUGGUGGAUGGUAAAGUCCCAGAUACACUCAGGAAGUGUUUCUCAGAGGGUGAAAAGGUAAACUAUGAAAAGUUUAGAAAUUGGCUUCUUCUAAACAAAGAUGCUUUUACCUUCUCUCGUUGGCUACUAUCUGGAGGUGUUUAUGUGACCCUCACUGAUGAUAGUGAUACUCCCACUUUCUACCAAACUCUAGCUGGAGUCACACAUUUGGAGGAAUCAGACAUCAUUGAUCUGGAGAAACGCUACUGGUUGCUAAAAGCUCAAUCCCGGACUGGACGGUUUGAUUUAGAGACGUUUGGCCCAUUGGUUUCACCACCCAUUCGUCCAUCUCUAAGUGAAGGUUUGUUUAAUGCUUUUGAUGAAAAUCGUGACAAUCACAUAGAUUUUAAGGAGAUAUCUUGUGGAUUAUCAGCCUGUUGCAGGGGACCUCUGGCUGAAAGACAAAAAUUUUGCUUCAAGGUGUUUGAUGUUGACCGUGAUGGAGUUCUCUCCAGGGUUGAACUGAGAGACAUGGUGGUCGCACUUUUAGAGGUGUGGAAGGACAACCGCACGGAUGAUAUCCCGGAGUUACAUACGGAUCUAUCUGACAUUGUAGAAGGCAUAUUGAAUGCACAUGACACCACAAAGAUGGGCCAUCUUACUCUAGAGGACUAUCAGAUCUGGAGUGUGAAAAAUGUUCUUGCCAAUGAAUUUUUGAAUCUGCUUUUCCAGGUAUGUCACAUAGUUCUGGGGCUAAGACCAGCUACUCCAGAAGAAGAAGGACAAAUUAUUAGAGGGUGGUUAGAACGAGAGAGCAGGUAUGGUCUGCAACCAGGACACAACUGGUUUAUCAUCUCCAUGCAGUGGUGGCAGCAGUGGAAAGAAUAUGUGAAAUAUGAUGCCAGCCCUGUUGUAAUUGAGCCGUCAUCUGUUCUGAAUGGAGGGAAAUACUCAUUUGGAACAGCAGUACAUUGUAUAGAGCAGAGUGAAGAUAGAAUCGGAGGAGGCAGCCUCAGCUAUGUGAAUACCACAGAAGAGAAGUUUUCAGACAACAUUUCUUCUGCAUCUGAAGCCUCAGAAACUGCUGGCAGUGGCUUUCUGUAUUCUGCCACACCAGGGGCAGAUAUGUGCUUUGCUCGACAACAUAACACUUCUGACAAUAACAACCAGUGUUUGCUAGGAGCCAAUGGGAAUAUUUUAUUGCAUCUCAAUCCUCAGAAACCAGGGGCUAUUGAUAACCAGCCACUAGUAACUCAAGAACCUGUAAAGGCUACAUCACUAACACUAGAAGGAGGACGAUUAAAACGAACCCCACAGCUGAUCCAUGGAAGAGAUUAUGAAAUGGUCCCAGAACCUGUGUGGAGAGCACUUUAUCACUGGUAUGGAGCAAACCUGGCUCUACCUAGACCUGUGAUCAAGAAUAGCAAGACAGAAAUCCCAGAGCUGGAGUUAUUUCCUCGCUAUCUUCUCUUCCUAAGACAGCAGCCUGCCACUCGGACACAGCAGUCUAACAUCUGGGUGAAUAUGGGUAUGAUGAGCCUGAGAAUGUUUCCUCAGCAUUUACCAAGAGGCAAUGUACCUUCUCCAAAUGCACCAUUAAAGCGGGUCUUAGCCUAUACAGGCUGUUUUAGUCGAAUGCAGACCAUCAAGGAAAUUCAUGAAUAUCUGUCUCAAAGGCUACGCAUCAAAGAGGAAGAUAUGCGCCUGUGGCUCUACAACAGUGAGAAUUACCUUACACUUCUGGAUGAUGAAGAUCAUAGAUUGGAAUAUUUGAAAAUCCAAGAUGAGCAGCAUCUAGUAAUUGAAGUUCGCAACAAAGAUAUGAGUUGGCCUGAGGAAAUGUCCUUUAUAGCAAACAGUAGUAAAAUAGAUAGACACAAGGUUCCCACAGAAAAAGGAGCCACCGGUCUGAGUAACCUGGGAAACACUUGCUUCAUGAACUCAAGCAUCCAGUGUGUUAGUAACACACAGCCACUGACACAGUAUUUUAUCUCAGGGAGACAUCUUUAUGAACUCAACAGGACAAAUCCUAUUGGUAUGAAGGGCCAUAUGGCUAAAUGCUAUGGGGAUUUAGUACAGGAACUUUGGAGUGGAACUCAGAAGAAUGUUGCCCCAUUAAAGCUUCGGUGGACCAUAGCAAAAUAUGCUCCCAGGUUUAAUGGGUUCCAGCAGCAAGAUUCCCAAGAACUUCUGGCUUUUCUCUUGGAUGGUCUUCAUGAAGAUCUCAACCGAGUCCAUGAGAAGCCAUAUGUGGAAUUGAAGGACAGCGAUGGCCGACCAGACUGGGAAGUAGCUGCAGAGGCCUGGGACAACCAUCUGAGAAGGAAUAGAUCAAUUGUUGUAGAUUUGUUCCAUGGGCAGCUGAGGUCCCAAGUCAGAUGCAAGACAUGUGGGCAUAUAAGUGUCCGAUUUGACCCUUUCAAUUUUUUGUCUUUGCCACUACCAAUGGACAGUUAUAUGCACUUAGAAAUAACAGUUAUUAAGCUGGAUGGUACUACUCCUGUACGAUAUGGACUACGACUGAAUAUGGAUGAAAAGUACACAGGUUUAAAAAAACAGCUGAGCGAUCUCUGUGGGCUUAAAUCAGAACAAAUCCUUCUGGCAGAAGUACAUGGUUCCAACAUAAAGAAUUUCCCUCAGGACAACCAAAAAGUACGGCUCUCAGUGAGUGGGUUUUUGUGUGCAUUUGAGAUCCCCAUUCCUGGAUCUCCAAUUUCAGCUUCUAGUCCGAUACAGACAGAUUUCUCCUCUUCCCCAUCUACAAAUGGAAUGUUCACUCUGACCACCAAUGGGGACUUGCCCCGACCAAUAUUCAUACCCAAUGGAAUGCCAAACACUGUUGUGCCAUGUGGAACUGAGAAGAACUUCACAAAUGGAAUGGUGAAUGGUCAUAUGCCAUCUCUUCCUGACAAUUCCUUUACAGGCUACAUCAUUGCAGUCCACCGAAAAAUGAUGAGGACAGAACUCUAUUUCCUUUCAUCUCAGAAGAAUCGCCCCAGCCUCUUUGGAAUGCCACUGAUUGUUCCAUGUACCGUGCAUACCCGGAAGAAGGAUUUGUAUGAUGCGGUUUGGAUUCAGGUGUCUCGAUUAGCCAGCCCGCUCCCACCUCAGGAAGCCAGUAACCAUGCUCAGGAUUGUGAUGACAGUAUGGGCUAUCAAUAUCCCUUCACUCUACGAGUUGUGCAGAAAGAUGGGAACUCCUGUGCUUGGUGCCCAUGGUAUAGAUUUUGCAGAGGCUGUAAAAUUGAUUGUGGGGAAGACAGAGCUUUCAUCGGAAAUGCCUAUAUUGCUGUGGAUUGGGACCCCACAGCUCUUCACCUCCGCUAUCAAACAUCACAGGAAAGGGUUGUCGAUGAGCAUGAAAGUGUGGAACAGAGUCGGCGAGCACAAGCUGAGCCCAUCAACCUGGACAGCUGUCUCCGUGCUUUCACCAGUGAGGAGGAGCUGGGGGAAAAUGAGAUGUACUACUGUUCCAAGUGUAAGACCCACUGCUUGGCAACCAAGAAGCUGGAUCUCUGGAGGCUUCCCCCGAUCCUGAUUAUUCACCUUAAACGAUUUCAGUUUGUAAAUGGCCGAUGGAUAAAAUCACAGAAAAUUGUUAAAUUUCCUCGUGAAAGUUUUGACCCUAGUGCUUUUUUGGUACCAAGAGACCCGGCUCUCUGUCAGCGUAAACCACUCACACCCCAGGGGGACGACCUCUCCGAGCCCAGGGUUCCAGGAGGAGAUGUGAAGAAAGCAGAUGCUCUGAAUUCGGCUGGCGAAGAGGAUGUCCUCCUGAGCAAGAGCCCAUCUUCACUCAGUGCAAACAUCGUCAGUAGCCCUAAGGGUUCACCUUCUUCAACAAGAAGAAGCGGAACUAGCUGUCCCUCCAGCAAAAAUAGCAGCCCUAACAGUAGCCCUAGGACUUUAGGGAGGAGCAAAGGGAGGCUCCGGUUACCCCAGAUCGGCAGCAAGAAUAAACUGUCAAGUAGUAAGGAGAACUUGGAUGCCAGCAAAGAGAAUGGGGCUGGACAAGUGUGUGAGCUGGCUGAUGCCUUGAGCCGAGGGCACAUGCUGGGGGGCAGCCAGACUGAACUGGUCACCCCUCAGGACCAUGAAGUAGCUCUGGCCAAUGGAUUUCUUUAUGAGCAUGAGGCAUGUGGCAAUGGCUACAGCAAUGGUCAGCUUGAAAACCACAGUGAAGAAGACAGCACUGAUGACCAAAGAGAAGAGGUUCAUGUGAAGCCUAUUUAUAAUCUAUAUGCAAUUUCGUGCCAUUCAGGAAUUCUGGGUGGGGGCCAUUAUGUCACUUAUGCCAAAAACCCAAACAGCAAGUGGUACUGUUACAAUGACAGCAGCUGUAAGGAACUUCACCCUGAUGAAAUUGACACCGACUCUGCCUACAUCCUUUUCUAUGAGCAGCAGGGGAUAGACUAUGCACAAUUUCUGCCAAAGAUCGAUGGCAAAAAGAUGGCAGACACAAGCAGCAUGGAUGAAGACUUUGAGUCCGAUUACAAAAAGUACUGUGUGUUACAGUAGAGCUGCCCCUCUGGCUGCUAGACAGGCUGGUGGUGAGGGAGACGGUGCCCCGUAGCUGACAUUUGGCAGAAGCGUCGCUGAAAGGCAAGCUAAAUGUAGUUAUUUUAUCCUGUGACCCUGAAGCACAAAAUAAAAAGCCUAAUUAAAAUA